CUUCUCUUUCACCAUAGAUAGAUGACCCGGAUGUUCGAUCAAUGACCCCCAACCAACCGUGGCUCAUUUCUUCGGUGAUUUUCGUCUGAUUUGGGGCUUUUUUGCAUCUUGUCGUCGUAAAGUGAACUGCAUUUAUCAUAGUUACAAGAAAUAAUUUGCCACCAUGUUCCUCACCCUCACCCUGCUGCGGAAAGGCAUUCCUGGGAAGCAGUGGAUCGGAAAGUAUCGCCGCCCACGACAGAUUACAUGGCAGAUGACACGCAAUACGCUGAAGCAUCUGGAUCGUGAGGCUGAGAACGAAUACUGGAUCAGCCGGCCAUACAUGACUCCGGAGCAGGAGUACUGCCACGCCGCAAAGCGCAGAGCCCAGAACUGGCUGAAGAUCAAGGACGCCAAAUUCGCCAAUUUUCCUGAACACAAGCACAUCACAGAUCACUUGAGUCAUCUGAAAAUCACUAAGACGUGGUCAAGUUAAUGUGAGCAGAGAAAUGACAUGCAAAUACUAUCGUCAUAAUGUGACAAUAUCACAUGUUUGUGUGAAAGAAAGUUUGGUUUCUUUAUGUGUAUUUAUAGGUGCAGGAGUCUGUAUGUCAACUGAAAAGCUACAGUGAAAAGUUUAAAUACAGCUCAUUGGAUGAAAUCUGUUUAACAUUCUACACCUGAUCUGUGGGACCUUACUUUCGCUCGCAUUAACAAAAUACGCUUUCAAGUUGAGAAAACCAGGUAUCCCACCAGUUAUAAAAACUAGAUGAACUGCUGAAGUGUGUUCCAUGAGGAAAAUGUUGACAGAAUUAUAUUAGUAGUCAGGAGAGGUUGGGGCAAAAUUGUCAUUUUAUGAAAGGUUAAUUUUACUGUAAUAUGCAUUCUGCUGUUUUACAUUUAAUGUAUUAAAGGGUUGUGACUGUCAUGAAGCCCACGUGUAGCUGUAAUUAGAGUGUUCAAUUCCUUUUGAACCUUUUGAAGUUAGAAAAACCAGGAAGGAAUACAAUUUCAAGGUUUAUGAAGAUGCUCUCACUUCAUUAAUAGAUUCUCAUAAAAUGUAAAUCCUUUGUAUGGAGAGCACUGUGAUUCUCUUGAAUCUUAAUAAUUUGCUUCUGCUGAUAUUUUAAUACAUGUUAGUCAGUGGCUAUUAGAUCAUUGUGCAGGAAUUUGACCCUCAAUUAAACCUCAGUUUACAGCUGCAAUCAAUGUUCACGUGCACGAUACUGGCUCUAUGACUUGACUGAUAACAGUUAUUGCUAUUUCAUAACCCUUUUUGAUUCUAACACUAAUACAUAACUAUAAGCCAGCAGGUAAUCUUAUUUUUUUUUGUUAUUUAGACUUUUAUUUGUUUUUCUUUUCUGACAUAGUCACAAACCACAUACACAUACAACACAAGACCACAAACUCAUCAAACAUUACAAUACAAUGUACUGCUGCUGCAGAACCAUUAGUAAAUUCAUUUAUAUGUCCAGUUUUUCCAAGUAUAGCCUUCUAAAGAUCCAGGGUCAUCUCCUCGGUCAAAUUCAUAGAGGGCUAAUGCAGCCUGUUCCAUUGACAGCAAGUCUAGAAAGUCUUUUAACCAAUUGUCUGUGUUAAAGCAAUUGGGUUUAUGAGUUUUAUAGUUCAUCAUCAUAAUUCACUUAACAGACAAAAAGGCCAAAGCGAUGAUGCAUUGAAUACGUGUUGACUGUAUAUUAUCUACCUUACUUUCUAGAAGGCAGAGGAGUGGGCAGUGUGGUAUUUUUACAAUUAGAAUGGAAGACAAUCUAGAUAUUAUUUCUUUCCAAAAAAUCUUCACUGCGGGGCACUGUCGCAUGAGGUGUAUCAGUGUCCCUGUCUCACUGCAACCAUGCCAACAUAGAUGUGAGAGGGAGUUGUCCAUUUUGUUAAGUCUGCUUGGGGUUAUAUACGCUCUGUGUAGUAGGCUACUUUUAGAAUUUUGUAUUUCACACAUUUAGAUAAAGCUGUUGUGUUUCUAGUAACCAUUUCCCACUUUGCAUUAGUCAGAGAUAUGCUCAAGUCCCUCUCCCAUUGAUGUAUGUUGGAGGAUAAUCUGUCAAAGGAUGCAGUGGACAAUAAUGUAUAUAGCUUUGAAACUGUUCUCCUCCCUGUGGCAAUCUCCCUCAGAUUUUUGUCCAGAUCAUUGUCACACCCUAUGUAGGUUUCUUUUGAAAUAAGUAAUCCCAGGAUUGGGGUUGUAAAUAUGCAAAAAUGUCGACAUCUCUUAAAUCAUAGCAGAUUUUUAACUCAUUAAAUGGUACCAUUUCACCAUCCUUUACUAUCUGUCCCAUUUGGCAUGAUGGUAGGGAUGCCCCUUUGAAAAGUUAACGCUUCUGUAGCAAUGUAACUACCUCGCAAGACAAUUUGAUUAGAAGGUUGACUAUUUUCAAGUUGGUUUUAGGGUAAAACCAUAAAGCACAUAAUGAGAUGGACUUGGUUUGUUCAGAUAAAACGUUUUCCUCAAUCCAUUUCCAACUACCUAAUUCGGUCUUGCAUGUAUAAGCCCACAUAAAAGAAAACUAACAUUAUAAGCAAGGUAAUAGGAAAAAACAUCUGGAACUCCCAGUCCUGCACUUUUCCUAGGUCUGGUUAAUCUUUUGUAGCUGAUUCUUGGUUUCUUAUUCCUCCACAGGAAAUCUGUGAUUAACUUAUUAAUUUCUUUGAACCAGUAAGGAGGGAAUUUGAGAGGUAUCGCUGAUAUAAGAAAUAACAGUCUAGCUAAAAUAUUAAUUUUAAUCACUUCUGUUCUGCCCCAUAAUGAAAUGGGUAGGACUGUCCAUCUAUUGAUAUCCUCCCUAAUUGUCUUAAGAAGGGGAGGACCAAUUAAAUCAAAAAUCUCAUCUAUGGGAGUCUUAGUGUUAAUUCCAAGACAUCUCAUACCUUGUGGUUUUCACUGAAUGGGAACAGAACCAAGAUGUGACGGAUAGGUCAAGUGGUUUAGUGGGAUGGCUUCACUCUUAUUGAAAUUCACCUUAUAUCCUGAAAACUUUCAAAAUUUCAAAGAAUUUCAUCACUUGUGUAAUUGAUUGUUGUGGUUGAGAUACUGUUAAUCACAAAUCACUGGCAAAUAAAUUGGCCUUAAAGUCACAACCCCCAAUUUUGAUGCCAGAGAUUUUCCUCUCUGCGCUGAUUGCACAUGCUAGAGGUUCUGGGGCCAAAAUGAAGAGGGAUGGGGAGGCGGGACAACCCUGCUGGGUAGAUCUUAGGAGUUGAAAAGGUUCAGAUAUAAUGUCAUUAGUUUUAAUUGAAGCAAUAGGGUUUUUAUAGAGGGCCUUCACCCUGCUAAUAACAAUUUUUUUUGUUGACAAAACAUAAAACAGGUAUUGCCAUUCUACCAAUCAAUCAAAGGCUUUCUCAGCAUCCAGUGAUAUGCCAAUGGCUGGAUGCUGUAGAGUGUCUGCCAUCGCCAUUACAUGGAGGAGUCUCUUCAUAUUGUUGGACGCAAGUCCACCUUUAAUAAACCCUACUUGAUCAAUAUGUAUCAAUGAAGAAAGGGCAGUCUCCAUGCGCAUAGCAAGGACUUUAGUAAAUAGCUUAUAGUCAGUCUUUUAUAGAAAUGUAGUACUGUUGUUUCUUCUGGUUUUUAUUUCUUUGUAUAUGUUUCUAUUUUUUUAAGGUAUGUUGUAUGUCAUGUCUGUGUCUUUUGAAUGGACCUUGAGUCUGGAAUAAAAAGUUGAUGAUGA